CACGGCGGGCAGCGCUCCACCCCGCUCAUCAUCGCCGCCCGCAACGGCCACACCAAGGUGGUCCGGCUGCUCCUGGAGCACUACCGCGUGCAGACCCAGCAGACCGGCACGGUCCGCUUCGACGGCUUCGUCAUUGAUGGAGCCACAGCUCUCUGGUGUGCAGCAGGAGCCGGCCACUUUGAAGUAGUCAAAUUGUUGGUGAGUCACGGAGCCAAUGUGAAUCACACCACAGUGACCAAUUCCACUCCUCUGAGGGCUGCGUGUUUCGAUGGCAGACUGGACAUUGUGAAAUACCUGGUAGAAAACAAUGCCAACAUCAGCAUUGCCAACAAAUACGACAACACCUGCCUGAUGAUCGCGGCUUACAAAGGUCACACGGACGUGGUGAGGUACCUCCUCGAGCAGCAUGCCGAUCCCAACGCCAAAGCCCACUGCGGUGCCACGGCCUUGCACUUCGCGGCUGAAGCUGGUCAUUUGGAAAUCGUGAGGGAAUUGGUCAAGUGGAAAGCGGCGAUGAUGGUCAACGGCCAUGGGAUGACUCCGCUGAAAGUCGCUGCCGAGAGCUGCAAGGCUGACGUGGUGGAGCUGCUGCUCGCUCACGCCGACUGUGAUCGGAGAAGCCGGAUUGAAGCUCUAGAACUUCUAGGUGCCUCGUUUGCAAACGAUAGAGAAAAUUAUGAUAUAAUGAAGACUUACCACUAUUUAUAUUUAGCCAUGCUGGAGAGGUACCGAGACAGCGAGAAUAUAAUUGAAAAAGAAGUUCUUCCACAAAUUGAAGCUUAUGGAAACAGGACUGAAUGCAGGACUCCUCAGGAAUUAGAGUCUAUUAGGCAGGACAGAGAUGCCCUUCACAUGGAAGGCCUCAUUGUACGAGAAAGAAUUCUGGGCUCGGACAAUAUUGAUGUUUCUCACCCCAUUAUUUACCGGGGGGCUGUUUAUGCAGAUAACAUGGAGUUUGAGCAGUGUAUCAAGCUAUGGCUCCAUGCGUUGCAUCUAAGGCAAAAAGGCAACAGGAACACUCAUAAAGACCUCCUGAGGUUUGCUCAAGUCUUUUCUCAGAUGAUACACUUAAACGAGCCCGUUAAAGCCAAGGACAUCGAGAGCGUCCUGAGGUGCAGCGUCUUGGAAAUAGAACAAGGUAUGUCCCGCAUCAAAACCACCCAAGACUCUGACAUGCACACAGCCAUGGACAACUACGAAUGCAACAUUUUCACCUUUCUCUACUUAGUCUGCAUCUCUACCAAGACCCAGUGCAGUGAAGAGGAUCAGUCACGAAUCAACAAACAGAUUUAUAACUUGAUUCACCUCGACCCCAGAACUCGGGAUGGCUCCAGUUUGCUGCAUCAUGCUGUCAAUUCCAGCACACCGGUUGAUGACUUCCACACGAAUGAUGUCUGCAGCUUUCCUAACGCACUGGUCACCAAACUCUUGCUAGAUUGUGGUGCUGACGUCAACGCUGUGGACAACGAAGGAAACAGUCCUCUCCACAUCAUUGUCCAGUAUCACAGGCCCAUCAGUGACUUCUUGACCUUGCAUUCCAUCAUCAUUAGCCUGGUGGAGGCUGGUGCUCAUACAGACAUGACGAAUAAGCAGAAGAAAACCCCUCUUGAUAAAAGUACAACAGGGGUGUCUGAAAUACUCCUAAAAACUCAAAUGAAGCUGAGUCUCAAGUGCCUGGCUGCCCGAGCAGUACGCAUCUAUAACAUCAACUACCAAAACCAGAUCCCCAGAACUCUGGAAGAAUUUGUGAAGUUUCAUUAGGCUACAUAAAAUCUUUCGUGGUGGUGCUAUCCCGGGAUGACAUCAAUGCAGACAGCAGAAUACAUCUGUAUACAUGGAGUUGUUUUUCCUCUGUUCUUUUUUUUUGGGGGAGGGGGAGGGAGGUUCCUCAGGAUUCAGUCUGCAGCCUCGGUUCUCAGGCAGAUCUUGAGAGGGGCAGGAAAAAAAACCAACCAAACAAAAAAAGCCACAUUGUUUUCCUGUAGUCAAAUCAGAUGUUUGAGAUUUUGGUCAUUUCUUUU